UUGACAUAAUGCACAUGAAUGUGUAAAUGAUCCGCGCGACGGGCACAUGGUAUAGUUUCAGAUAAUCGUAAAUGACAAAAAUUAGCAAAAUGAAUUCCAAAUCCAUAUUAGAUACAUUUAAUAAUUUAAAAAACGACAAAGAUUCAAUAAGAUUUAAUGCUGGAAUCACAUUGUUAAGUGAUUUCCAUCAACAUAAUACGAAUGAAGAUGAUAAUGAGUUAAAUCAUGCACUAAUCAGACUAGUACGUAGUUUGGGAUCCUCAAACACAUUUACUAGAAAAGGGUUUUAUAGUACUUUUACAGUUUUUCUAACAAUGCAUCCUGAAACAUCAAUAGAAAAACUUCUGUCUAUAAUGAACACUCAGUUACAUCCAUCAAGCAAUAAUCCUAAAAGUGAAAAUGCUGACAUUUUCAUGGGGCGUAUAUUGCUGUGUGGUGCAUUGAUACGAUCCAAAUUACUUGCUCAAAAUAGUGUUGAAAUACAACAAAAAAUCAUAGAGAUUCUUCUGAGCGCUGGUAGAGAACGUAGUUAUUUGUCAUUUAUAGCUGUUAUGUUUCUCAACGAGUUUAUUAUUCAGCUUGAUAUUAAAUCUAUGAAAGAAAUUUGGCCAGUUGUUGAAAAAGAAGUAGCCAAACCAUUGUCUGAACAGACUUUGGAUAUGUUUUAUAUACUACUUGUUCUUAGAGAUAAAUAUCCAUCACUAGUUAAUCAAAAGUUUCUGAAGCAACACUUGGGUGUGAAAGAGAUUAUUACUGAAGAAUCUAUGGAAGAUAUUGUCAAAAUAUUAACGAGCCUAUAUAGGACUGUUUCUUAUCGCCAUCCAGUGUUUAAGCUUUUUUGUGAAAAGCUGAUGUUAACCGAACAUGUAGCAGAUUUUUGGAAAAGCAUUGAUCAGAGAUUUAAAAAACCAUCAACCAGUGAUGAAUAUGUUGCCACACAAAUUUUGCGACUGAUGCUUCCUAAUAUUACGGAUAAAACUGUAAUUCCAUUACUGUUAUCUCCAAAUCUUCUACAGCACAUGUUAAAGAGAUUUUCCAAUUGUAAAAAGAGUAAUAAUGAUGAGGUUUUAACAGCAUUCAGAGAAAUUUUACAUUUGGUGGUAACUGCUACAAGUGAUAAAGACAUCAAGACGAAGACACAGCUGAGUAUUUUGAAAAAACUCGUACUAUAUCCUGGUGACAUAAUGAUAGAAAAGAAGACAGGUACCAAAGUGAUUCAAAUUAUCAUGGGAAAUCUAAGAUUAGAUGGUAUCAAGAAAUUAUGUCAACUGUACAAAGAUAUUGUGGAAAACAAACUAAUUAAAGAAAGAGAAUAUUCGAAGACAGAAUCAUGGACAAAUGCUGAGCGAAGUUACGCAGCACAGUUAUUAACAAAAUUAAUAGGUUAUCGAGAGACAUUCGCAGAUCAAGAUUGGAGACUUGCUCAACUAACAUUUUUAUUCAAUUAUGGAUUGUGUGAAAUAUCAAAUGUUGGAAUAGAACUAGCACCGCAAUUUAAAGAUUCUUUUUAUCGUGCUCUGGAUUAUAAAUUACCGAAAUUGAACGAUGUCCGAAAUCUAUUAAGUGCACUCGUUCAUGAUUUGAACUCAAAAUUGGAAUCAAACGAGAUGCGAUUGAGGGUGCCGUUGAGCGAUGCAGCAUCCGAUGCUUGGAAAAGAGUGAUAAAUUUGAUUGGAAAAUUAGGGAAGAAUACAAAAAACGCAGAAGUAUUUCACACCAUAAAUUUACACAUGAGUCUACAAUUAUUCUCAGAUCCUGAAAUGGCAAUUAUGUCGAUUAACGAACUUCAGAGUUGUUAUGAGAGAUUAAAUAAAAAAUCGAAGGGACGAAAACAGCUGAAUAAUGCAGACGCGGAAGAGGAGCCGGAAUGGGUCGAAGUAGUGGUAGAUCUUUUGCUAUCCCUUUUGUCCAGAGAUAAUCACUUAUUGCGCUCAUUAGUCGGCUCUGUAUUUCCACAUAUUUGUCCACAUUUGACACCAUCCGCUGUCCAUCAGAUAUUGGCUGUACUAAACAUAAAGGAUGAUCAAAGUACACUUAUCACAAAGCAACGUGAUGAGGACUCCUCGGGCAUUGAAAGUGAAUCGGACAAUGAGGACGAUGAGGAAGAAGAGGAAGAAGAGGAGGAGGAAAAUGAUUUAAGCAGCGAAGUUUUAUCGGAAGAGAGCGAAUCCGAGCCUGAUAGCGAUGUAAAUGAGGACGAGAACAAGGAUGAGGAUGAGACGAUAACUGACCAGUUGAGAACGGCAGUAUCUCAAGCUCUAGGAGACGCUGCAACUCAAACCGACGACGAGGAUAUCGACGUGGAUCAGAUAAGUGAAGAAGAGGGCAAACGGUUGGACGCGUCGUUGGCAGCGGCUUUCAAGAUUCUACGAGAGAACCGACAGGCCCGUUCUAAAAAACAAGGAAAGACGAGCCAGGCGUUGACACACUUUCGAGUUCGUGUCAUCGAUUUGCUGAACAUCUAUUUAGAAAACUGCCCGUCUAUGGCGGUCACUCUUGACAUGAUCGUGCCACUUUUUACUCUGUUAGAAUUCUGCAUAAAGGACCCGCAUCAGAAACCACUCGAACAUAGAGUUCGAGCUUGCUUAAAAAAGUUGUCGACGGUGAAAAAGUUCAAAGAUACGACGGGUGUGGAUAAUACUUUGUUGACGACAAUAUUGAAGGUCUUAAUCGAAAAGGGAGAACGUUCUGCUUCGGUCUGUCAAGAAAUAAAUGACAAGUUGGCAGAGUGCUGCACCUUCCUCGUACGAUGUUUGCAACAAACCGAUUUACCCAUUGAAAGUGUCGUGGAAAUUUAUGCCGAGAACUUGACUGCGUUCUUCAUAAAAAGGGACUGCGUGCUUCCGCCCGUAUUAUUUAGGGGUGUAUUACAAUUGUGCUGGGAAGGCAACUGGCAGUUGGCAGCUUUAUUGGUGCACUUUGCUUUUGACAGCAGUAUUCGAUACUUCCGCAGAAGUCAGGCACUUGAACUGUUACAAAUUUUGUAUAAUAACAAUCGAUUGCUGCGUAUGGAUACGACAAAGUAUGCCGAUGUAAGAAUGCUAUUAGAAAAGACGCUUUGUAAGAAUACGAUAGACACAUUCACGGAGUUGAGUUACUUGAACGCAAGCGAUAACGGGCAGACCACUUCAUGCAAUGGCAUUGUGCAGAAAAAAGUGCUACAGAAAUUUAUGGUUCAUCUUUUGACGCUGUUGCGUACUGUUCAUGCAAAUCACUUGCCGCAAGCGUGGAAUUGGCAAACUGUUAAAACGACGUUAACAACAAUGCAUGGAAGUAGCAGCGUUCUCUUCAAGGAUGCGAAAAAUGUUUAUAAUAAAUUAGCAAUGCAAAUAGGUGCACCGCUUAAUGUGCCAUCGGUGAAGAACAGCACUAAGUCGAAUAAUUCAACUGAUGUUGCUUUACAAAGUAAUGGCAAAAAAAGCGACGUCAGAGUCCAAAAUGGAAAAACGAGUGAUGAAGAAGAAGAAGAAAAAGAAGAAGAAACUGCACACGAUAAUGUGCAAAAAAAGAAAAAAAAGAAGCAGAAACAAAAGGAAAAACGUUUAUUGAAUAUAGCAGCGCGUGAAUUACGUACAAAAGCUAUGUCUGAAGGUUUAGAGCUAUUUAAAUUCAGUAGUGUCAAUAAAUUGCCAGUAAUUGUCAAUACUUUGCCAGUAAAUGACAUAGAUAAGACGGAAGAUUCUCAAAAUUCAUCCAAUCAGACUACAAAUUCAAAAAGAAAUUGCGAACAUGUAGAAGAAAAUUGCGAAUCUAAAAGAAGAAAAAAAAGUAUCGAUCGUGUUUGAUAUAAUUUUGCAAAAUAAAGAUUAAUGCAUACAAGCACAAACAACAAGUAAAUAUUUGGAAUACGUCUGCAUGCCCUCAGUUUUAACAAAAAGAAAUCUUUAUAUAUAAAAUGAAAUCUGCAUGUAGCUAAAAUUUUUGCUUUUCAAUGUUGGACAAAUUAUUAGAAAUACAUGUUAAUUUCUUUGUUUUAUGUUUUAUCAGAUGAUGAAUCAGCUUAUCUUUUAUCAGAUGAUGAAUAUGUUAUAUUAUACUCAUCAAUGAUAUAUUUGUCUUUUAAUAUGGCUAUAUGCACAAUAUUUUUCAUUAUUUUGUGAUAAAAUUACUACAUGAAACUGUUUAAUGUAAAAGCAGAUGUAUCCUAAGUAAAAUAUUUAUAAGAAU